UUACCCUUUUUUGCGGCGUCGGUCUUCGAGCGCCUAUAUAAACAAAUGCUCCCAACGGACUUGCGUUUAUUCUGCAUUGUCACACCUAACGGUUAAGAUUCGCUAGGCGGAGCAAAAAAUUCAUAUUUAAAGCUGAAUCAUUAAUCUAUUGACUAUAUUUAGUGGUUUAAUUGGACUACUGCUGAACAAAUUUGAAGUACAGUUUUGACACAAGUCAUUAAAAAAGUACAGCUACGGUAAAAAAGUACAGUUAAAGUGGAAAGUUAAACCGGAAUAAACUACAUUUGAGAUCAAGUGUCAAGAACUAGACAAGAACGAGUUUUUAAUUAAUCGCAGUAAAUUUGGAAAAAGUUGAGGAUGUCUGCCCUGUCGUCGCCCACCACAUGUGGCAGUUCGCCUGUCCACUGGGCCAUUGUCAUUGUGCUCCUGUCAAUUGCGAUUGGGCCGGGGAACGCCCUGCCACGCCCCUCCCGCAGCAACACGCAGUUGUCGUUCAGUGAGCUCCUGGGAGGCGCAAAUGAGGACAACAACUAUUAUGGCGAGCAGUUGAAGCUCCAGCAACAGCAGCUGGAACAGAAGCAGCAGCGACUGCCAUCCUUCGCCAGGAAGUGGCCAUCGCUGAGGGAUCUCCUGCUGACCGCCGACUAUGAUGACUUUGGAGUUACCCAGGAGAGCGAGGAGCCGGAGGUGGCCAAUUCCCGCCUGCUGGCCCGACUCCACCAACUCGGGAAUAAUGGAGCAGGGGAUGAACUGCGCUAUAAUGUCGUCAACCGAUUUACCAAUAUACCCACCAAGAAAGUGUUUCCAAAACCAUCCCUCAAGGAUCACAACACAAAGAAGAAUGUUCAAUUACGUAAACAAUAUAUGUCUCCUUGCCACUUUAAGAUCUGCAACAUGGGACGCAAACGCAAUGCUGGCUACAAUCCCUACUGAAGAGAAUUAACGACAGAAAACACGGAAAACUAACCAAACUUUAGUAAAAUAAAACCUUUAAAGAAAAAUAAGAAUUUGCAUUGUCACAAACCAUUGAACUUAUGUUCAAAAGCCAAGUAUUGUCUACUGUUCUAAUUUAAAUUAGAAACACCCGCGCAGAGUUUUAAAUUAGAAAUUAUGAUUACAUUGUAUUUUUAAAAUAUGCCUCGACUAACACACACACAGACACACAUCUGACUACGUGCUCUCUGCGAAUCUA